AAUGCAAAUUACACCUAUCGAUGAGUGCUUUUUUCAGCCUAGCAUGGGUACUGAUUUUCAAACGCAUGCAACGUCAAGAGUAGUAACCCAAAGGAGCGUUGGAUUUCGCAACUUUUGUGUGCAGUCUUAAAUACAAUGAGGCGACUUGGUAGCGAGGUAGCGCCAUUGACGGACGGUAACUCGCUUGCAAAUCCCCGAACAUCCCGGCUAGUUUCCGUAUGGGAUCCUUCCAACCAAGAAUCCAUUUCAACGAUUCCGUCGGGACAUGGUAACAUCACUGAGAAACAACGUCCCCUUCCAGGACGCCCGAAGCGUAGGAGAGAUCUGGCAUUGACGCGCCGCAAAAGUCGCUCUUUUUGGACGCGUCUGUAUACGAGAUGGAUUCAAGGCAUUGUGACUUCGUUCAGUUCUUUGUUUCUUGCGCUGGUGCUCUGGUAUUCCCUAGGGGUGGUGUCUAUAGGAUCAUCAAAGCUACUGCUUUCGCAACAUGAAAGGAUGCUCGUCGGAAAUAUCUCGCCGCUUCUUUUAACUCUUCAACAGCUCCUGGUAGGAUCGACGCUUCUCCGCUUCCUACUGCAAAUACGUUUCCUUGAUAGUGUUGGUUUACAGCCUUGGCCAUCCACCUCCGUAGAUUCUGUCUCAUUGACCAGUCGACGGCUUCAAAAGCUAUCAACUCUUUCUUCAGAGCGCAAAGAUAGUUUUGUCUCAGGUUUACUGUUUUGUCAACCUUCAUUGCUUUUGGCUGGUGUCUACUUCUGUCUGGGAUUUUUGGCCACGAACUACGGAUUUUCCUGCUCAUCUCCCGCUUUCGUCGAAACUAUAAAAGCGGCGGAGCCCAUUACUAGCGCUAGUGUGGCCGUGUGGUGGGGUAUUGAAGUUUUGAGCCGACCUGAAAGGAGCAGUCUGGCUGCGAUCGUCGCCGGGGUUCUACUAUCUACAUACGGAAAUCAUCGCGGCGGUCCCGCUUCCUCCUUGAUCGAAAGUUUUGCUUCUUUCGUGGUAGUUAUGGCUUCAAAUCUUUGCUUUUCGUUUCGUGGUCUUCAUCAAAAACUGUUUCGGGCAACUCCAGAAGGUAAUCAACAGCUGGUCGACGAUCUUAAUUUGCAAUUUCGGAUGCAACAGAUUGGUGUGAUCAUCCUGGCGAUACCAGCUUUCGUCUGGGAAGGACCGAGUACGCUAUCAAACCUCUGGACGCUGUCCACAACGAAAGGGUUGAUCACAAAUGGAUGCCUCGUUCAAUAUAUUGGUCUUGCUUUGCUGAACGGAUGUGCCUUUGCAAGCUACAACCUGGCAUCGACCUAUAUCUUGUCACGCAUUUCUGUCGUUCACCACGCUGCUUUAAAUUGUCUUCGACGAGUUUUUGCUGUCGUAGUCACGAGCUUACUGUUUCAAAUACCGAUUUCAUUGCUUGGGGCAAUAGGUAUUGCUGUGUCCGUUUUGGGAUUUAUGAGUUUUACACACUACAAGGCACAGCGACAACGGCAGCCGAAACCACUCAGCUCACUGCUUCCUACCAGUGCUGUAAAUUGA